AUGCGAUUAAAGCUUAUGACAAGGAGUACUGAGACGUUAAAGGAGACGUUAUCUUUAAUUUCACAUAUACGAAAGUUUGUUAUACUAAAAUUUAGUCAACAGCAGUUGACUAUUAUUCUGGUAAAUGGUCAAACCAUCAAUCUGGAGCCCCAAGUCUGGUGCAAAUUAAACAUGUCUUCAUUAUUUGAAUCCAUUCAAGUUGAAAGUAUUCAUGGAAAUACUGUACUGAUAGAACUCAAUAUUGACUUGCUUCUACAGACACUAAAGAAUUUCGAUAAGGCCAACAGUGAAGGGUUAAACAUACGAUUACAACGAACUGAAACCUCGGGUAAACAAGGAAUUAAUACCAAAGCAGGAAGAACCGCGUCACUAGCAUUAUUCUAUUCGAAUUUGAAUAUUAAUGCCAACGUAAUUAAUCACACAUUCAAAAUCCCAGCGAAGAUAGUUAAGGAUCCCAUUAAUGUUUUACGUGAACCCACACAUUCUGACCUUGGGUUGAUUAUGAAAUUACCAAAUGAGUUUGUUACGAUGUUCAAGAGAUUAGAAAAAUUCAAGAAAACUCCAUCCAAUGAUUCAGUUACAAUAAAGGCAAGUCGACGAGAUGGUGGGUUUUUAGGGUUUAUUCUAGAGGAGGAAGGUAAGUAUAGAGUCACCAUAAGUUGGAAUAACAGAUUAGAAGUCCAAAAACAAAGUGCGAAUGAAAGCCAAUCAUUGAGAGAUACAGUUCAUCAGCUUUCAAGUCAAGAUGGGCCCACGAUAGAUGAGGAUGAUGAGGAAGACCCCACUCUGGUUGAAGACAUAGAUUUGAACGUGAGGUUGAAAGAUUGGUUACUGGCGUCAAAGAUUGUUGGUAGAUGUAAAAUAGUCAUUGUAAAUAUUGGAUUAAGGGAAUGCAGCUUGCAUUGUUUUUUGGAUGACACAGAUGAUGUUGAAAUUGUAUAUUUUAUCAAUGGGUAUAGAACUAGCCAGUCAUAG